AUAUUAACAAAGGGAUGAGUUCUGUCAAGCUUACUGUUGCCUCCAAGGCUUCUCCUUUCCCUUAUGGUGUUCUCGCCAUUGCUGCUCAGAUCAAUACUGUCAAGAAGGAUGCUGUCGACAUCGAACUUCGUGAUGGCAAGAAUCUUGAAGGCGCUUCCAAGCCUGUCGCUUCCAUCAAUUAUAACGGUGAAGCUUACGAAACUACCAACGCUAUUGCUAAGCUUUUAGGAAAACUUCAUCCCGAAGCUCAAUUGUACAACCCUGAAGAUGCCAUUAGCUCUACUUUGGUCGAUAAAUGGUUGGAUUUUGCCGAAACCAAGUUGGCUUCCAAUGAUUUCAAAGCUUUAGAUGCUGUUUAUAAGGAAUUGAACAAAUAUUUGACCUUACGUUCUUAUAUUGUCGGUUACAAUGUCACUAUUGCUGAUUUUGUUAUCUGGGGCACCUUGAGAGCUUCUCCUGUUUUUGCCCGUAUUGUCAAGACGAAGCCUGAAAACUUGGGUGCCUACCUUGUGCGUUGGUACGAAUAUACUGCUUCUCUUGAAGCUGCUGACUUUGCUUUGACUUACGUCCAAAAGCAAGAAAAAGCCAACAAGGCUCCCAAGGCUGCUGAUCAAGGUAAAUUCGAGAUUGGUUUGACUGAAGCUGAAAUGGGUAAAGUCUGCACUCGUUUCCCCCCUGAACCCUCGGGUUACCUUCAUAUCGGUCACGCCAAGGCCGCUCUUAUGAAUCAAUAUUUUGCUGAUACUUAUAAGGGCAAGUUGAUCAUUCGUUUUGAUGAUACCAAUCCAAGCAAGGAAAAGACCGAGUUUGAGGAAUCCAUCAAAGAAGAUCUUGCUUUAAUUGGCGUUCCUUCUGAUGUUGUUUCUCACACUUCCGACUACUUUGAACAAAUGUACGAAUUGGCGCUCAAGAUGAUUAAGGAAGGUAAGGCUUACUGUGACGAUACCGAUCAAGCCACCAUGCGUGAACAGCGUACAAACCGUAUCCCCUCCAAGUGUCGUGACAACUCCGUUGAAGAAAAUUUGCGCCGUUUCGAAGAAAUGACCAAGGGUUCUGAAGAAGGUUUGCAAAACUGUUUGCGUGCCAAGAUCGAUUAUGCUAGUCCCAACGGUACCAUGCGUGAUCCCGUUAUUUACCGUUGUAACUUAACUCCUCAUCAUUACACCAAGGAUAAGUACAAGGUCUACCCCACUUAUGAUUUUGCUUGUCCUAUCGUUGAUUCUUUGGAAGGCGUUACUCAUGCAUUGAGAACCAACGAAUACCGUGAUCGUAAUGCUCAAUAUUACUGGAUGUUGGAAGCUCUUGGCCUUCGUAAGGUGACUAUUUGGGAUUUCAGUAGAAUGAACUUUGUCUAUACUUUGUUAUCCAAGAGAAAACUUCAAUGGUUCGUCGAUAAUAAGUUUGUCAGUGGAUGGGACGAUCCUCGUUUCCCUACUGUGCGUGGUAUCCGUCGUCGUGGUUUGACCAUUGAAGCUCUUAAGCAAUAUAUUUUGAUGCAAGGUGCUUCUCAAAAUGUCUUGCUUUUGGAAUGGGAUAAGCUUUGGGCUUUGAACAGAAAGAUCAUCGAUCCCAUUGCUCCUCGUUACACUGCUGUUCUUAAGGAUGGCGUUGUGGUAUGUAACGUCCAAGAUGCUCCCCAAGAAGUUAAGGAAGUUCCUCUUCACAAGAAGAACGCUGAUCUUGGUAAAAAGAAGACUCACUAUGGUCCUCAAGUCUAUUUGGAUAAAGAAGAUGCCGAAAGCCUCGAAGAAGGUGAAGAAAUCACUUUGAUGGAUUGGGGAAAUAUGUUUGUCCGUAAGAUCACCAAAGAUGGUCAAGGCCAAAUUACUGGAAUUGAUUUGGAACUUCACCUUGAAGGUGAUUUUAAGAAGACUAAGAAGAAGUUGACUUGGUUAGCUAAGGAUGAAGAUGCUACCGAGAUUCUUCUCCUCGAUUAUGACUAUUUGAUCACAAAGAAGAAGGUUGAAGAUGGUGACGAUGUGAAGGACCUUGUCACUCCUGUCAGUGAAUUUAAGUUCUCUGCCAUUGCUGAUGGUAACACUAAGAGUUUGAAGGAAGGUGAUAUUAUUCAAUUCGAGCGCAAGGGUUACUUCAUCCUUGAUGCUCCCGCUACAGCUACCGAACCCGCUCAUUUCAUUCGUAUUCCUGAUGGUAAGGCUGCUAACAUGGCCUCUAAGGCUGAUACUUCUGCUAAUAAGAAAUAAAGUUAUUGCAUUAAGAUAACCUUUCCCCAAAGGCCGUCGCUAAACUGUACGGUCUUUUAAUAAGACUGAUGAUUUUUACUGAUUUUAAGAUGCUUCGCGUACUAUAUAUAAAAUGGCUUGUUUGAAAUUAUCUCAUUAAUUUGAUGUUCUGAAGUUGCAUUUUGUGUAAAACAACUGCCUAGAACUGCCACUCUAUCGAGAUUUUUGAACGAGAAUAAUAAAU